AUGAUAUUUUUGACCAUGCUGAGAAUAAAAGCUUUUAAGUUGAUAUCCUUGGCGAGUCCUCUAUUGAUGAGAGGUAUUUUGGGCAAACAGAGAUCUGCUACUUUCGGUUUGGCGUUGAAACUUGGUUUCAGGCAGUUGCGAACAGGACGACCACUUUUAGGCCCAACAGUUAGCGCUUCAAAGACAGGGAGGAACCCAUACCUGCAACGGACCCGAAAAGUAGAUAUAUCUAAAAUACCUAAGAUGAGCAGUGAGAACACGUCGAGUGCGUCAUCCACUAUCAGCAAGCCAAUCGUAUGGGUGGACUGCGAAAUGACUGGUCUGGAUCACACCAAAGACAAGAUCAUCGAGAUUUGUUGUAUCAUUACGGAUGGAGAUUUGAACAUCGUGGACGAGGCUGGAUAUGAGAGUGUGGUCCAUUGCGAUAAGUCGAUUUUGGACGGGAUGGACGAUUGGUGCGUGGAGCAUCACGGAUCGAGCGGCUUGACACAAAAAGUACUUGAAUCAAGCAAGUCUACAGAGCAGGUCGAAGACGAAUUGCUCGCAUACGUGAAGAGGCUUAUUCCAGACAAGCGUAAGGGCGUCUUGGCGGGCAACUCCGUCCACAUGGACCGCAUAUUCAUGCUGCGGGAGUUCCCACGCGUGAUUAGCCACUUAUUUUAUCGUAUCAUCGACGUGAGCUCGAUCAUGGAAGUAUCGUUCCGGCACAAUCCUGACUUAGCGUCAGUUUUUCCUCGAAAGAAGGGCGCGCACACAGCGAGGUCGGACAUACUGGAGAGUAUUGCCCAGUUAAAAUGGUACAGGGAGCAUUAUCUCAAAAGUGCGCAAGAGACUCGCGAGUUCGUGGAGAGGCAGAGACUACAAAACGAGGAUGGUCAGAUCGCUGAGUCUGGAUCAGCCAAGAAGUCUUCGAACGGCUCUGAGGGCCUUACGGGCGUCAUCAAGGGCAUCCGGGAGUCUAUCGCGGGCGUCUUGAAGCCUCAGGAUGAACAUCAUCUUGACAGAGAGGAAUCUCCUUCCAAAAAACCUAAGCUGGACCAAGAAUAG